AUGCCUCAGCAGUUGAACCUCUAUCUUUUCGUUUACAAUUCCCUUCAGGCCUUCGGAUGGGCAAUUUCUCUCUCUAAACUUUUGAUCAACUUUGUCUCCACCAAAUCAGUCAAUGGCGCCUACGCUUCUGCUGGAGAAUUAAUCUGUUUGUUGCAAACUGUUGCAUUCUUGGAAGUUAUACAUGGAGCCAUAGGUAUUGUUCCAAGUGGGGUGUUGCUUCCUCUGAUGCAAUGGGGUGGAAGGACCCAUUUUCUGUUGGCAAUUGUUCGUCGCAUCCAUGAGGUCCAGGAGUUACCAUCAGUGUUCAUAACUUUUGUUGCUUGGAGCUUAUCAGAGGUUAUCAGGUAUCCACAUUAUGCUUUGAGUUGCAUGGGCAGUUCUCCGUCCUUGCUCAACUACUUCAGGUACACUGCUUUUAUUGUGUUGUUUCCAAUUGGAGUUGGUCCUGGUGAAAUAUGGCUUAUGUACCAAGCACUUCCAUUUAUAAGGAAGAAAAGCCUGUAUGCAGAUGCCUUUGUUGGUCUUCCUUUCAGCUAUUAUAACUUUGUCCAGGCAACCUGCGUGCUGGCCCGUGUUGGGACAGUUCAGACUAAACUUGGUUUCUAUGAGCAGCUGGGGUUGAAUUCCCAUAGAUCUUUUGGGAUUUGGGAUAAGAUCACCUUGUCUUGA